AAUGCCGCAUCUACGUUUUCAACUGGGCGGAGCUAAUGUGCGCUAUCAACUUCCGGGACAACAGCGUUUUCGCCAUGGGACAAACCAGCCUGGAUAAGAUGAUUGCACUGCAGAAGAACACUGCCAACGUCAGAAACCUGUGCAUUCUGGCACAUGUUGACCAUGGCAAAACUACUCUGGCUGACUGCUUGGUGGCCAGUAAUGGUAUCAUAUCAAGUCGACUGGCUGGGAAGCUGAGGUAUCUGGACAGCAGGGAGGAUGAACAGAUCAGAGGAAUCACCAUGAAGUCCAGUGCCAUCUCUCUGCAUCACAGAAAUGGAGAUCAGGAGUACUUACUAAACCUGAUCGACUCUCCUGGUCACAUCGACUUCUCCUCAGAAGUUUGCACUGCUGUCAGGCUGUGUGAUGGGGCCAUUGUAGUUGUUGAUGCUGUGGAGGGAGUGUGUCCACAGACCCAGGUUGUGCUGCGCCAAGCGUGGCUGGAGAACAUCAGGCCUGUUCUUGUCAUCAAUAAGAUAGACCGACUUAUCAUGGAGCUGAAAACUCACCCUCUCGAAGCUUACAGCCACCUGCAGAAGAUCCUGGAACAGUACCAUACUCCCAGCCAGCAUUUGGAUUUAUCAGUCAUUGCAGCUGAGGGAGAGUACACAGCCGGCAUCAUGGUGUUUGAUGGUGAGCUGACUAAGGCCAGCAGUUUGUCACACGGGUUAAAGAUAUCCAGGUCUGGAUGGCAGCCGGCCCCCACUGUGCUGACCCUAACCAGAGCUCAUGUGUCCAGAGCCAACUCCUAG